ACUAGAAAAUGUAAAAAACAAAAUCAAAAGCUUUGCAAGACCUAUUAUAGGAAGAGAUGAUGACGUGGGCGGCUAAAUAUCCGUUGCCACAGACUACAAGGCCGGUCUACUUUGUGCAGAGCCCACCGAACACAGACGUAGACAAGAUAUCGACCAGAACGGAUUUUAGCCCGUUUGGAUCACCCUCUAACCGACAAAGCCAGGUCAGUCACUACCAUCAUCGUGAGUCUGUGGGCGAUUCCCCUUCGACAUCACGGUUCUCAGGACCAUUGAGAAAUGGGUACAGUAGCCUCCAAGUGUAUGAUCAUGACCGUCCAAUCAACGAGGAUGAUGAUGAUGAUGAAAUGGACGGUCCAGACGAGAGGAGGGGAAGGAAAACGAGGUUUUACUCGUGCUUGCUGUUUAACUUUGUGUUGGCCUUCACCAUCUUCUGUCUAAUUUUGUGGGGUGUUUCCAAAUCUUUCUCACCUAUUGUCUCCAUGAAGGGGUUGGUAAUUGAGAGCUUGAACGUGCAAUCCGGGAACGACGCAUCGGGAGUACUCACAGAUAUGCUAACUCUAAAUUCAACGGUCAGGAUCUUAUACAGAAACCCUGCAACUUUUUUCACUGUCCACGUCACCUCCCUUCCCCUCCAGCUCAGCUAUUCACAGCUCAUUCUCGCCUCCGGUCAGAUGGAGAAGUUCUCUCAACGAAGGAAGACAGAGAGAAUCAUUGAGACCAAAGUAUUAGGCAAUCAAAUUCCUUUGUACGGAGGCGUACCGGCUCUCUACUCCCAACGAGCUAAACCGGACCGAGUCGUUCUGCCUUUGAAUCUGACGUUCACGUUGCGAUCACGGGCUUAUGUGCUCGGCCGAUUGGUCAAGACUAAGUUCUACUCGAAAAUCAGAUGCAGCAUCACAUUCCAUGGCGACAAACUUGGCAAGCAACUUGAUCUCUCUAAGUCUUGCUAUCUCCAUUAACAGAGAUGACUCAAAUGAGCGGCGAAAUCAAUUCCUUUUGUUUAUUAGAAAAGAUUAAAUUAUUUCUGUGAGAU